GCAUCUGAUUGACCAUCAUAAUUACGUCAUCGACCAUGAAGAAUAUUAAGGUGUUGGUGGGCUCCACAUGUUCCGUUCAGGCCGUUUCAUUCAGCUUGAUUUUUUGAUAUUUAGGUAUGUUAAAAUAUACUUUGCAAUUAGUUAGUCGGCCGACUGCAGCUACCUUGAUUCUUGGACGGAAAUCCAUCCCCAAACCUACAGUUGUCCGGGUCUUUGUUCGGAAGCAACAUUAUUCCUCUGCCAGUAAUGCAACAGAUACAUUCACCGAAGUAUCCUCGCUGCUACAGCAGAGGGUACAUGGUGUCAGAGGGCCACCUAACCUUGCUGAAACUGGCCAUGUCUUGUCUGUUUGUGACGGUAUUGUUCGCGCCCACGGGCUGAGAAAUGUCCAAGCUGAAGAACUUGUUGAGUUUGAAUCUGGAGUGAAUGGAAUGUGUAUGAAUCUGGAAGCUGCUCAUGUUAGUAUCGUGCUUUUUGGUUCUGAUCGUCUCGUUAAACAAGGUGAGGCCGUUUGGCGAACCGGUGAAAUUGUUGAUGCUCCCGUUGGUCCUAAGAUGCUUGGACGGGUUGUUGAUGCAUUAGGAAACCCUAUUGAUGGAAGGGGGCCCAUUGAGACCACCGAAAGGAGUCGUGCUCAACUUAAGGCUCCCGGCAUCUUGCCUCGCCGCUCCGUCAAUCAACCUGUUCAGACAGGCCUGAAGGCGAUUGAUGCUAUGGUACCUAUUGGUAGAGGCCAACGUGAACUGAUAAUUGGUGAUCGACAGACUGGAAAGACUGCUAUUGCCCUGGACACUAUUUUAAAUCAGCGGAGAUGGAACAACUCGAAUGACGAGUCAAAGAAAUUGUACUGCGUUUACGUAGCUAUCGGACAGAAGCGGUCCACGGUAGCUCAAUUUGUCAAGAUCCUGGAAGAAAAUGAUGCUCUGAAAUAUUCUAUCAUUGUCGCUGCCACGGCAUCUGAAGCUGCUCCGCUACAAUAUAUUGCUCCGUUCUCUGGCUGCGCUAUGGGUGAGUGGUUUCGCGACAAUGGUCGACACGCCAUUAUCAUCUAUGAUGAUUUGUCGAAGCAUGCAGUCGCCUACCGUCAGAUGUCACUAUUACUUCGUCGCCCCCCUGGACGUGAAGCCUACCCAGGAGACGUUUUUUACCUUCAUUCUCGCCUCUUGGAGCGUGCAGCAAAGAUGAGCGAUAAGCAUGGCGGCGGUUCUCUCACUGCUCUUCCCAUCAUCGAGACACAAGGCGGCGAUGUGUCAGCGUACAUCCCUACAAAUGUUAUCUCGAUCACAGAUGGUCAGAUAUAUUUAGAACCCGAACUCUUCUAUAGGGGCAUUCGGCCUGCUAUUAAUGUUGGGCUUUCCGUUUCUCGGGUUGGCUCCGCAGCUCAACUCGGGCCCAUGAAACAAGUUGCUCGCUCACUCAAGCUCUACCUAGCACAGUACCGCGAGAUUGCUGCGUUUUCUCAAUUUGGAUCAGACCUUGAUGCUGCCACCAAGCAAACUCUCAGACGUGGUGAGCAUCUGACAGAGCUGCUGAAGCAAAAGCAGUACGCUCCGAUGGCUGUCAAUGAAAUGGUGCCCUUGCUAUAUGCUGGGAUCAACGGUCUUAUCGACGGAAUUCCUGUUAGUCAGAUCCAACGCUGGGAAGCUAACGUGCUCGCCCAUUUCAAGUAUUCUGAGCCUGAGCUGCUUUCCAGGAUCGAAAAGGACGGCAUUUUAAGCCAUGAGCUAGAAACACAAAUCAAGGAAAAAAUUAUGGCAUUCAACAGAGUUUUCUCAUAAGUUAGCCAAUCAUUCCCGAUUGACCUGGUUCGAUUCAAAUCCAUGCUGUCAUUUUGUCAUACCUGCACGGACACCAUUAAUGCUCGACCACAUUAUGCAAUGGUGCAAGCACGGCGGUCGGGGGGAUAUUUAUAGAAUCGCAGCGAAUAAAGUGGUCGUUGGGGAGCCGAUUCUGGCUCCCCUUAGCUGUGGUUGUGCAACAAAGGAGCCCUGCGGCACCAUCACGAGUAAAAAGGAACUGCCAAGCACCAGGAACGGGCUGAGACCAACGAGAGCUGGGUGUGGCGGUAGAGGCUGUCGACCGUGGGUUUAAGCAGAGGUUGUGCCAAGACCGUCGCCCAUUAGUGAGACACCAAAAAC